ACAAGUGUACACAUGUCUGCUUGACUCAUUGCAGUGUGAUCGACAGUGGAGUCGGCAAGCAGCCGCUUCCAGGUUAUUCCGACAAUAGCAAACGUGGUUAGGGCAAAACGCAGGAAAAUCACAACCAAACUCACGAUGGAUGACAUUGAUACCUACCUUGACUCAGUUCUAAAAAAGGACAUCAAACUCCGCAAAUUCAUUCAAGGUACUCUGGAAAAUGGGCCUACUAGUGAUAGUGAUGAGCAAGAUGGUGAAAACAGAAAAGAGAGUUUAUCGUUUAUGCCUUCCACGAGUUCUGACCUACCUGCAACCGAAACUGAUUAUGGAUCGUCAUCAGUGGAACGUGCACCUGCCGAGAUGAAUCAGAGCUGUGAUCCCGUUGACACGUCGUCGUUUGAAGUGAGCGUCACUGAUGAUGAUCUGCCAGACUUGAUCCUUCAUUUCGCUGAACCUAACGAUUUUGAAAGAGACUGCGUGUCAGCCCAUGUCAAGCGCCUGAAACGAGAGAUAGAAGAGUCUGCCAAACGCAAAGAGAAGCGGCAUGAGCAACCAAAGCAACGCCAAUUUACGGGGAAACCCGUCGACGCCGGCAACAACGUCCGAAGGGCAAUGAAACCGAAACCUCGUCGACGUCAAUGUAAAAAGCCAUAUGGUUUGGUAAAAAAAUCCAACGACGCCUAAAAUAUUCCUAUGUUACUAUGUUUAUUAAAUCUGCCGCUAGAUGGCGUUUUGUUUUUUCUCUGAGCUCUGUUCGUUAAAAUUUUGUUGAAGUUGCGCUAAAUUUAAAGAAAUUAUUCAAGUUGGAAUAUAUAAUUUCGUUGAACGAAA